CUUUAUUUCUGUUUCGCUCAUCACACAUACUCCUACUACAUUCUUAGACUUACUUUCUUACAUCGGACUGGACAAAGGAACCUGCUUUUUAGACCUUUAGCAUGGCGGAGCCCGGGGAGGGUAACAUCAAGGUUGUGGUGCGAUGCAGGCCUCUCAACGCUCGCGAACUCGCGCGGGGCGCCAAGAUGCUCAUCCGCAUGCAGGGCAACCAGACUUUCCUCGAUCCGCCAGAACCAGGCUCAUCACAAGAUUCAAAGCGUGCCACGGAACGCAAGACAAUGGCGUUCAGUUUUGACAAGAGUUAUUGGUCUGCGGGGCCUCGCGACGAACCGGGUUACUGUUCACAGCAGACAUUGUAUGACGACUUGGGAAAGGAGCUGUUGGACCACGGCUUUGCGGGAUUUAAUGCUUGUAUUUUGGCUUAUGGACAGACUGGAUCUGGUAAAUCAUAUAGUAUGAUGGGAUAUGGACAAGACAAAGGAAUUAUACCAUUAACAUGCUCCGAGCUCUUUGUACGCGUAGCCCACAAGAGGGAAAUGGACCCCACUGUCAGCUUCACUGUCGAGGUGUCGUACAUAGAGAUAUACAACGAGAAAGUGCGCGACCUUUUGAACCCGAAGAACACUGGCAAUCUUCGUGUCCGUGAACACCCCAGUUUGGGCCCUUACGUUGAAGAUCUGUCCAAGCUCGUCGUAAGUAGUUACGAUGAGAUGAUGACACUCAUGGACGAAGGUAACAAAGCGCGGACGGUGGCAGCCACUAAUAUGAACGAGACGUCGUCACGGUCUCAUGCAGUUUUCACUUUGCUACUCACCAUGAGAAAGCAUGACGUGGAUACCAACCUUGACACUGAGAAAGUGUCGCGGAUUAGUCUGGUUGAUCUGGCAGGUUCAGAGCGAGCCAAUUCGACAGGGGCGACUGGACAACGUCUCAAGGAAGGAGCGAACAUCAACAAGUCACUCACUACCCUUGGCAAGGUCAUAUCUUCUCUUGCACUCGUCAGUCAAGAUGGUGCGAAGAAGGGGAAGAAAAAGGGUGACGAGUUCAUUCCGUAUCGCGAUUCGGUCCUUACUUGGCUCUUGAAGGAUAGUUUAGGUGGUAAUUCCAAGACAGCGAUGAUCGCAGCUAUUUCUCCUGCAGACUACGAAGAAACAUUGAGCACUCUUCGAUACGCCGAUCAGGCUAAGAAGAUUAAGAACAAGGCCGUAGUUAACGAGGAUCCCAACGCUAAGUUGGUACGCGAACUCAAGGAAGAAUUGGAGUUACUCAGAGCUCGUGUGGCUACUUCAGGCGGGGAGGAUGCCUUCGACCCUACUGUACCUCCUGAGAAACAGAAAGUCACGUACCAGACGAAAGAUGGGAAGAUCAAAACGGUCACCAAAGCAGAACUACAGGAGCAGAUGGAGGCGAGCGAGAAAUUGAUGCAGAGCUUGAACGAAACAUGGGAGGACAAGUUGGCACGGACGCAGGAAGUGCAGAAGGAACGCGAAAAGGCGCUGGAGGAACUGGGUAUUACUGUGGAGAAGAACAACGUCGGUGUACACACCCCGAAGAAGAUGCCUCACCUGGUGAACUUGAAUGAGGACCCUCUGAUGAGUGAGUGUCUGAUAUACCAGAUCAAACCAGGCAAAACGCUGGUAGGACGCAUGGACAGCGAGAAACCUGCAGCGAUUCGCCUCAGCGGAGAAAACAUUCUCGAAGAACAUUGCGAAUUUGAGAAUGUUGAUGAUAAGGUUACAAUUCACGCUAUGCCAGAGAGUGUGACGUUCCUGAAUGGGAAACAAAUAACACCUGGACAACCGUACAAACUGCGGUCUGGAUACCGAAUCAUUCUGGGGGAUUACCACGUUUUCAGGUUUAACAAUCCCGAAGAAGUUCGGAAGAAACGUGAUCGAGCAACAGCUCGGUCUAAUUUGCAUCACAACGUAGCAGCCAGCGAAGUGGAAGGUGGCGAGUCCUCGCUGACACUUCCAAAGGAAUCUCGACCUCCAUCCAGGUCAUCUUCUUCCGCCGCCGGAGCGGAUGUAGAUUGGAACUUUGCAAAGCGGGAAGCUGCGCUGGCUCGGCUGGGUCUGGACCCUACCUUGGACAACCUACCGGAUGAAGAAAUAAACAAGCUCUUCGAGCGGAUAACCAAAGUCAAGACCAUGCGGGACCAUAAUCAGAAAUCGAGGCCGGAGAGUAGUCUCAGUCAUCGCGACGACCUAUGGAGCGAGUCUGGGAGACCAGUGUCGAGUGAGACAGAUGACACAAGCGUAUAUGCUGGUCCGAGCCACGGUAGUCCUGACACAGAUGGGCCGCUAAAAGAUGUUCAGCAUCAGCUAGAGUCACGUCUCCAGGCGAUCUCAGAGUCCAGCGAAGCCGAAGAUUUGAAGGUGGAGAAGGAUCAUAUGGAGCACCAACUCAAGCUGGUUCAGCAGCAACUCAAACGUCUUAUUCAUGCGCGCGCACGUGGGGAAACGGAUGAUGAACUUAUUCAGUUUGAACCUGUCAUUUACACGGCGAAGCAACUGCGCCUGAUCCGCAAGGUAUUGGACAAGUGGAGAUCUCAUAGAUCGUUCUCGAUGGCAGAGACCAUCCUUUCUAAUGCUGUUCUAGUAAAAGAAGCAACAGUCAUCAGCAAAGAAUUGGGCAAGGAAGUUUCCUAUAAUUUCACGAUUGCUUCCGGAGGUACGCUGGCAGCCCCAACCUCCGGCGUUGACUCUAUUGGGAGCCUGGAUACCUUUGGUGACGUUGCUGACCCGAGGCUGGCAUCCACCACGCAACCAUCGGCUGCAGUUAAAGUCCUUGACAAAAAGCACUGCGCCAUCUAUAUCUGGUCCUUGGACCGUCUCCAACAGCAACUGCAGCGUAUGCGCAACCUGACAACCUAUAUCGACCGCCCUUCCUUCACUCACCACUUCAGUUCUGAUCAACCCUUCUAUGACCUGCCGCCACCUCAAUUCUCGUUCAUUGGUAAUGCCGUAGUAUCACUGGCACCACUUGCCCGCCGCCUAUCUUCGACCGCCGUCGUCCCUAUAUUCUGCCGAUACACCGCCGAAGCGAUUGGUUCGUGCAGGGUGGACAUGAAGAUAUCGAGUGUGGUGCACAUGUCAUCGAAGCACGGUCGUAGAUCAGCAGCAUCGACACGGCCAGCAUCUCCCGCUCCUUCUCUUCUACAGCCUGGUAGCAAAAUCACUUUCUUCCUGACAGUCGAUUCUGUCAAAGGGUUGUCAUCCCUCGACUUCGCAGCACUUCACCUACAGUUACGAUUAUCCUCGUUUGUGGGACCCUCAUCCGUUACCAACGACGAAGUGUUCACUUCCUCCGUGCUCGAUCCAGACGUGUCUUCUUUGUCAGAACUCAAAUUCCGGAGGACUUUUUCGCUCGCCGCGUCUUCUAAAGUCAUCGCGCACCUACGUGAGGGAUACGCUCCGAUAGAGUUCUUUGCGGCUGUCAGGCCAACAUACUUGGAGCGCCUGGAACGGUGGGACGAGAUGAGAGAGCUGCGAGGCAAUCCACGUCCACCAUCACCGGGAAGUCAGACCGAUUCUCCUUCGUCCAGCGUUCAACCAAUGCGAAGGUCCGAAACCGAUUUCGUUGUCGAACAAAGCCACGACGUUGCUGCCCGUAUCCAAGUAAGGGAGCUUGGAGCGGACGGCGAGUACAAGCCGGUGCCUGUAGUCUCGCAAGGCGGCCUUGACCCAGGGGCAUUUUUCCUACACCAGGGGUUGCAAAGGCGAAUUGUCUUGGAGCUGUCGUCUGAUUCAGGAUCUCAGUUCCCGUGGACUGACGUGACCAAGAUUCGAGUGGGAAAUGUUCGCUUGCUAGAUCCGAAGGGUCGAAUACAUGACUCGACAUCCAAGGCAAUGGUCACGCUUCCGUUGCUGGCAGACCAGGUCGUUGAGUUCAAAUCGGACGGGACGGGUUCGCUGACCGCGCAAGCACUGUGGGACUCUAGUGUGCAUGAUUCGCUCUUACUGAAUCGUGUGACCACGAAUCCAUACCGUGUCAUAAUGCAAGUCAGCUGGGCAAUUGGAGUCGAGACGUGUAGGGAACCGGUGCAAUUCACGAUGGACAUCGCGAUUACGAUGCAAACACGAGAUGCCCGUCCUCCCAGUCGUUUCCUUACCUUCCUGAGUUCCGGCAAGAUUCUUUCGCGUAUCAGUGGGAUUUUCAAAGUCUGUCUAUCACCUCCCUUGACGCGUUCGCCUGGUGACUUGUGGCGAUUGGAUACCUCGGAGAAAUACGUUCGCGGGGAAGAAGUGCUCCACUCGUGGAGGCCUCGUGGUAUAUCUGCUGUCGAGGACUACAAUCGCCUGAUCCUAACAGAGAGGCGCGCAGCUGACGUUCAAGCGAUUCGGGUCAUCUUGGCUUCAUCACCAUCCAUGAUGCGUUCGAAUGGUCAGUCCGGUUCGACUGUGUGGGCAUCUGACACGUUGCUCCGAAAGACAAUUGAAUUGUGGCAGAAGCAUUUCGGCCACCCUGGCGAAAUUGUUCUGAGUCAGGUGAUGCUGGACGCUGACAAGUCUAGCUCAACUACGAUCAAGGCAACCCCUUGCAGGGGUCUCAUUGAUGACCUGAAACUCGGCUCGACUGUAACCCUAGUACCUUGCGGCGAUGGGCCGACGAAGAAAGGGUAUUUGAUGAUCCUGACUGAUGCAAGCCAAGAUACAUGGCAGAGGAGGUGGUUCGUCCUACGCCGCCCGUACUUGCAUAUGUACACAAACUCCAAAGAAGUGGAAGAGGUCGGGGUCAUAAGCCUCCAUGGCAUGAACAUCGAAUGCGAUUCCAAUAAGGAGGCCCUGCUUGGCAAACCAUUCUGCUUUACUCUCUUCACGGCGGCCAAUUCACAUGCCUUCGCUGCACCGUCCCUCAAGGAACUUCAGUCAUGGACAUCGAAAUUAGAUCCUACAGGUUCUCUUACUUAGACCCUUGUCGACCCUCGUUUCUUGGGCUGACUGGUGCUGCUUUAACUUUAUUAUUUCGGGCUCACACGUACCGGUUCAUUACUAUACCAUAGUCUCCAUACAAUCGGUUGUAUGUCGUAUGUCACUUGCUGCACGAUAAUUCGGACGGGAUGGGUACAUCCACACGUCAUUGAG